AUAUACUACACGAGAUAGUUGCACAGGUUGAGCUGUUGUGUUGUCACUUUGCAGAAAAAAGCGUGAACGGGCGGCAGUGCGUGGUCUCUCCCCCCUCACCCUCCCUCCCCUCCACACCACACCGCAGCAUGACGAAGUGCGUGAUUUCGUGAGACGCGUUGAGCUGUGCGGGCUCACUCAGCUCGUCCACACUGUUUUUUUCUUCUCUCUCUCUCUUCAACUCGGAGGGUGAAGCUGUGUGAAGAGGCAACUCAAAAAUCAUGGUCAUCAUCACAAAAGAAAGCUGGGUGCCCAACAGGAGGCCCGAUCAGAGCCGGGGAUCACCGCUGCGGAUGAACUGAAGUGUGGGCGCAGAGAGUUGCAGAGAACGACGCGAAGAGAGGAAAAGCUGAGUUGUGUGUGUGUGUGUGUGCGUGUGUUUGUGUCUGUGUGUGUGUGUUUUCAUAAGCGGAGUGAGUGAGUGGGGGAUGUCGGCCAGAAGUGGAGCAGCACCUCGGGGGUGCAGCACCCCCAGCCUGCAGCCCCUCAGAGCCACGGUCCCAUACCAGCUCCAGAGGGGCUCAGCUCUCCUCUGCAGAGAGGUCAAGACGGCUGACAAGACGUCUGCCCGCCCGCCGAGGCCCACCAUCCGCCGAACUCUUUCCUUGGACGCCAUCGUUGGACCAUAUCUGCAGGGACAGUGGCCCAAAGAGGCAGAGAGCACGGCCGUGAGCUGUGUCAAUGACAAAGCCACGCAGACUCCAAGCUCCUGGGCUGAGGAGACCCGGGGAAGGAGAGGUGGCGGUGGACACAAGCGCUCGGCGUCGUGGGGCAGCGCAGAGCACCUGAGGGAGGUGGCCAAGCUGAGGCACCAGUUGCAGAAGCGCUCUCGCCACGCCGCUCCCUCGGCAGGAUACGAGCCCCCCCGUCACCCCCUGCCGGCAGGUCAUGCAGCAGGCAUCACUCAGACUACGCCCCUGAUGCCACUGAACAGACUCGCUCCACGGCUGCGACGGAGCGUUGAGGGCCUGAACCUGGAGCUGGAGGAGGUGUUUGUCUCUGAGAAGCCUGACGAUCAACAUGAGCUCUUGGAUAUCCCAGAUGGCCACAGGGCCCCUGUCCCUGCCCAGAGAUGCAGCAGUGGCUCUCAGAGUGAGCCCUCCCCUGGCCCUCUGGAUCCCUCUCUCCUCUCUCCUUCUCAGUCCCCUUGUCCUCUAGAUUCGUCGCUUCUGUCGCCCUCAAAUUCCCCAUGUCCACUGAACCCAUCUCUUUUGUCACCAUCACAGUCUCCCUGUCCCAUGGGACACCCAGAGCCGGUGGACUGUGAGACCCUGUGUCCGUCUCCAUCGACGUCGCUCCCUUCAUUUGCGCUGGAUCCUCCUCUGAUGCAGCCCUGCUCCUCCUCCCCUCACCCGAGCAAAACCUGCUCCUUCCAGCGCGAGCCACCGGAAGGCUGCGAGCGAGUCCGAGUAUGCGAGGAGGCCUUCUCUGCCUGUCAGGAAGAGCCGCUCCUCCAGCCCUCCUGCCCUGAUCCCAAUAAGGUAAACUUCACCCCCCACGGAGGCUCCGCUUUCUGCCCCGUCAGUCUCCUGAAGCCCCUCCUGCCCUCCAUGGACCUCCUCUUCCGUGGCCUGUCAGUCUCUCCGGUCACCGGCUGCCCAGGUCAGGCCUCUCCCACCAGGCACCUGGGUAUGCAGUAGGUGGAUAUCCGAGCAGAGCGUCUCAGGAUUUAAACGCGCUGCGGGGUGCCAACAGAUACCUGUGUUUACCUGACUCACCACUGCUGUAAUGUGCUGCGAGAUCAAACUAAGAGACUUUGACUGUGAGCAUUUCAUCACUCUCUGGAAUAUCUGCUCUGCUGAUUACAUCCUCCUGCAGGAUGCCUGGAUCCAGCUGAUAUUUACCUCGUCAGCACUUAAAUUGUCCUAUUAUUUCCUCUUGUGGGCUAUGAAUUAGAUUACAGGGCUGUAGUUUUAUGGUUGAUUGAGUUUUUGACAUUGUUUUUUUGAUAAAACUGAUCAUUGUUUUAGUUAUGUGUCAGUGAUUCACACAAAGACAGCAGUCUGCUGGGGACAUUUUCACGAGUUCAGAGUCAAAAACACAAGCACUUAGAACACUUGAGCAUUAGUUUCUUUCUAUCCUUUACUACUGAUUGACUUCCUAGUAAAGAAUAAAGUUUAGAUUAACUUUCAGCAUCAGCUUAAUGAAGAAAAAAAAAAACUUGAUGGGUUUGUUGACUGAAAAGAAAUUCAUUUGGCCUGUAGUUUCUGAUGGCCUACUUUUCUACAGAUGCAUUUCUAGGAAGAUAUAUAUUUUUGUAUCUUUGUAACAAGUAACGAGGCUGGUGAUACUGUCUUUGUAUUCACUGAAGAAAUCGCCUAGUUCCUGUUGAUACUUUGGUGAUCUAUAAGCAGGAGUGGAUGUUAACUAGCUUUACUUGCCCACACAGGCAUUGUUCUAACCAAACUGUUGCAAUGUUAUUGCAUUUUUUUUUUUUAAGAACUGUUUUUGGUCGAUCUGAGCCUCUUCAUGUGAUUCUGCCAGAGAAUAAUGUUUGUUAUGGAAGAGGUGGACUCCUUCUCUACAAAUAGAUAAAACACUGUCCUGUCAGCAUGAUCCUAUGCAACACUGCUUGAAAAACCUGCCCUAUAGUAAAGAUAAUAAGUGGAUGCUCAUGAAAAAUAUGUGUUAUUUGUCGGAUCUGUGUUUUCUCAGACCUGAGCAUCGACUCUGUUUAUAUUUUUUAGUGUGGAAACAUCAAAAAUGUUAAGUAGGCCGUUGCUACUGUGAAGAAAAUAAAAAUAACCAGAAUUACUGGAUGUUCAAAAACAUGUAA